CCUUCCUCUCUUCAUCUUAACCGAGUUAUCGACACUCAACCCGUUCUGUUUCUCGACUCGCUCAGGCACCUGAAGCUUGGAGCCAAAACAAAAUGUCAGAGAAAGACAAAGACGAAGUUCCGCUUAAGAGGAAAUCUAGGAAAGAGCGAGAAGAUUCGGAUGUAGACUCGGAAAAUGAGAGAAAGCACAGUGAUUCGAGAAGGAAAGGGCGAGAAAGUUCUGGUUCGGAGGGAGAACAUGACAGAAGGCACAGGAAGAGUGAUAGGAGAAAGAGAAAAUCACGGAGUCGUUAUAGUAGCGAUGAAUAUUCCGAUUCCAGUUCGGACUCUGAUGAUGAUGAGUCCGAGUAUUCCGGGUCUGAUUCGGAGUAUUCGGAUUCCGAGUCGGGAAGCUUGCGUUCUGAGGAGUCUGUGAGUGAGGAAGAGAGAAAAAGGAGGAAGAGGAAGGAGAGAAGAAGGAGAAAACAGAAGGAGGAAGAGAGGGAGAGGAAGAGAAGAAGGAAAGAGAAGGAAAGGUUGAGGCGGAAGAAGGAGAAAGAGGAUAAACGGAAGAAAGAGAAGAGGAAAAGGAAGAAGGAAGAAAGAAAGGGGGAAAAGGGUGCAGUCACGAAUUCAUGGGGAAAGUAUGGUGUUAUCCGAGAAACUGAUAUGUGGAACAAACGACCAGAGUUCACUGCAUGGCUGGCUGAAGUAAAGCAGGUUAAUCUGGAGAGCCUUUCUAACUGGGAGGAAAAGCAGAUGUUCAAAGAGUUCAUGGAGGACCACAACACUGCUACCUUCCCCUCAAAAAAGUACUACAACCUGGAUGCUUAUCACAGGCGUCAAAUGGAAAAAGAGAUGAAAAGGGGUUUUAAGAAGGUUGCAGCUGCAGAACGUACUGUUUUUAAUGAUGAAGAGCAACGAAGGCUAGAAUUACAGCAAGCACGUGAAAAGCACAAGGAAGAACAAGUGCUAGCAUUAAAGCGCUCCAUGCAGAGUGGAAUGGCACAGGCAAUGAAAGAGCAAGCUCAACUCAGGGAGGAGAUGGCUUACCAGUACAAGCUUGGAAAUUUUGAGGCUGCUGCUGCUAUUCAGAGAAGAUUGGACCCUGAUGCUGCCAUGUGAUAGUAAUUGAAUCAUGUACUUGGAAUCAAAGGAUUAGAUGAUAGGGUGACGGUCAUGAGUAUUACUAGAAUUUUCAAAAUGAUGGCUCUUUUGGAUCAUUCGGUUUUGGUAAUUGCAUCCGUUGAGGAUGUGUUAUAUUUAUAUCAACAGAUGAGUUGUAAUUUCAAUGGGGGAAAAGAUGAGCUGUAAUUUCAGUGUAAUGGUUUGAUGGUAGGCAGGGCACCGUGACUCAGCUGGGCCUGCGAUCAAAGCCAUGCUAAUUUCUAUUUCACAUGAUUUAGAUUUUUGCAUUUCA